AUGGCCCCCACUUUCAAACUUCAGUGUCACUUCAUUCUGAUCUGCCUGCUGGCUCUAAGAGGAGAGAGCCGGUACCUGGAGCUGCGGGAAGCAGUGGACCACGACCCUUUUCCACACCUCGCCGGUGGCGCCAGUCCGAAGCGGGAGCUGGAGGGGGAGCCGCUGUACCGCCGCGCUCUGCGGUGCGUGGACAUGCUGAGCCUCCAGGGCCAGUUCACCUUCACCGCCGACCGGCCGCAGCUACACUGCGCCACAUUCUUCAUCGCAGAGCCGGAGGAGUUCAUCACCAUCCACUACGAUCUGGUCUCCAUCGACUGUCUGAGGGGGGACAUCCUGCAGGUAUUUGAUGGUUGGAUUCUCAAGGGGGAGAAAUUCCCCAGUUCCCAGGAUCACCCCCUCCCCACAACUGAGAGGUACGUAGAUUUCUGUGCCAGUGGUCUGAGCAGAAGGAGCAUCAGAUCCUCCCAGAACGUGGCCAUGAUCUUCUUCCGGGUCCAUGAGCCAGGAAACGGAUUCACAAUAACCGUGAAGACAGAGCCUAACCUCUUCCCCUGCAAUAUCAUCUCCCAGACCCCGAAUGGAAGGUUUACUCUGGUCAUGCCACAUCAGCAUCGCAACUGCAGCUUCUCCAUCAUUUAUCCUGUAGCGAUCAAAAUAUCCGAUCUCACCCUGGGACACUUAAAUGGUCUGCAGUUAAAGAAGUCCUCCGCAGGCUGUGGGGGAAUAGGAGACUUUGUGGAGCUGCUGGGAGGAACUGGUUUGGACCCUUCCAAGAUGCUGCUUUUAGCUGAUCUCUGCUACCCUUUACAUGGCCCAGCCCAGAUGAAAGUUGGCUGUGACCACACGGUGCUGCGCAUGGUCUCCAGUGGAAAACAUAUAAAUCGUGUGACUUUUGAGUAUCGUCAGCUGGAACCAUAUGAGCUGGAAAACCCGAAUGGAAACAGUAUCCAGGAAUUCUGUUUGUCUACCCUUUGA